CUGCAUCUGUACUUCAGCAGUAGUGUAACAGCAUGCUUUUUUGUUUCCAAACAGCCACACCUAAUGUUCAAAUAGCACAAAGCUCUUAUAGUGUGAAUUUGGGUGGUGCAGUAGAACUGGUGUGCAUAGUUUCUGCUGAUCCCCCAGUCUCCUCCAUCACAUGGACAAGAACAAUCAAUGGAGUGACCUCUACAGUAAAUAUCGGUUCUCUGGCCCGCUUUACUGGGGGAACUGUAUCCAACCCUUCCCUUACCAUUUUAAAUGCCCAAGCCUCGGAUGAGGGGUCAUAUGUCUGCUCUGCUCAAAGCUCAGCCGGGACAGGGCAGAGUGGAAGUACUACCUUAAGUAUUGUAGGCAGCAUUCCAUCUGUGACAAUCCCCCAAUCAGUCUAUUCGGUUGACUACGGCAGUUCUGUCACCAUUCCUUGUACAGUUUCUGCUGAUCCUGGGGCCACAUCCAUAUCCUGGCAGCGUACCAGUGGCUCAGUCAAUGAAAACCUUGAUAUCCCUAAUAUACCUCGCUAUGGCGGAGGCACAGUUGCUUCACCAUCCCUGACUAUUACAAAUGCCCAGCUUGGUGAUGAAGGAGAUUAUAGAUGCUCAGCCACCAACAGUAUAGGCAGUGGUCAAAGUGGCUUAGCCUCACUGGAUGUUGUUGGGAAUGUUCCCACAGUCUCUGUGUCCCAGUCAUCAUACUCUGUUCAAACCUCUGACUCAGUGACAAUGACGUGCAUUAUAUCAGCCAAUCCGAGUGCUACGUCUGUCACGUGGUACAGGGUUGCUAGUGCAGGCCUUGAGGCCAUUGUUGUUGGGUCAUCCUCCAAAUACAGUGGUGGGUCAGUGACCACGCCCAGCCUCACUAUAUCUAAUACUGUGGACAGUGAUCGGGGUACAUACAGAUGUACAGCAACCAAUGCAGUGGGCACAGGAAGCAGUGCCAAUGUCAUAUUGGAUGUGGUGGGAAGUGAGUGGGAAGUUCAAAAUCUUGGCAAAACAUCUCUGUCCUCACAAAGUCACAUAAAAUGCAAAUUCAGCCCAAUGAUUUAAAAGAUCGCCCAUCUUGUUAACAUUAGCUUUACUAACCUGUGUGUAGUAAUAUUGAUGUGUUUUAGCUUGCACUAAUAUACACUGCUUUAACGUUCUGUUUAUGCAUGGCUUUUUUUGCUGUUU